AAACCCUUCAUAUAUAUAUAUAUAUAUAUAUUGCGGCGGCGGCGCAAGAACACAGACGAGAGAAAAUUGCUUCCAUGUUCUCUGAUGGCUGAAGAAUGCGAAGCGUGACCGAGAAUUGUGCUUUCAUCGUUUGUUUCGAAAUUUGGGAUAUUCAUUCUGCGCGGAUUUUGUGAAUCUAGCUUCGCGUGUUGGUGAUUGUGUAUUUUGGGGAUUAUGGAUUACCGGAUGAUGGAUGUGGAGUCGCUCAAACAGUUGAUGCUCGUUCGCAUUGGAGAACUCGAGCAAAAGGGGUUGGUGGAUCAACACUUUCGGAAUUGCUAUUCACUGAAGGAGGGCAAUGGUAUUAAGUUUUUUGUGGAGCUGAUUCCAAUAUUUAAGGAUGAUGUUCAGAAAACAAUCAACGAUAUGACAGAUGCAUUGAAUCAACCAGUUAUGAACUUCAGGCAAAUGUAUUUGGACUUUAUCAAGCUUAAAGGAAGUUCAUCAUGCUUUGGUGCUUGUCGAGUCCGAGAGGCAUGCGCUACUUUAUAUGAGGCUAUUGAGAACAAAUCCAAAGAGAGAUGUAUCUGGGCUCUGGAUGGUAUAAAGCACGAGCAGAAGUAUCUUGAGGACCAUUUAGACAUCAUUGUCGAGAUUGAGAAUGAAAUCAUCGCAAGGUCAGGCGGACAGAGGCGACAGAUUUGAGAGUUUGUACUUGGAUGGAUCGAUCAUAUAUAUAUAUAUAUAUAUAUAUAUAUAUAUGGUAUUUGGCUUCUCAUCUAUCUCAGGGAAUUUUAUUAUUAUUAAUUAGUAAGUACUAUUUUGUUGAAUUGAUCUGAAUUUAAGCAGUUGACUGAUGAUGAAUAGACGACCAUAUUUAACAAUAAUUGUUUUUGCUAUUUUUGUGGA